UUCUUUGUGCAAAGAAUUUAGCAAAAAAAGAUUUUUUUCGAUUGCCUGAUCCGUUCUGUAAAAUUAAUGUAAAUGGAUCUGGUCAGUGCCAUUCAACUGAAACAUGCAAAAAUACUCUUGAUCCUAGAUGGAAUCAACAUUAUGAUCUUUAUAUUGGAAAUAAUGAUAUCAUCACAGUUAGUGUAUGGAAUCAUAAAAAAAUUCAUAAAAAACAAGGAGCUGGUUUUUUAGGUUGUAUUCGAAUAAUGUCAAAUGAUAUUCAGAGACUUAAAAAUACAGGCUAUCAUAGAUUAACUCUGUCACACAGAAGUCCAGAUGAUCCAGAACCGGUUCGAGGACAACUUAUUGUUAGCCUUAUGUCCAGAGAUGGAAGUGCUUCAUCUAAUCAUAAUGUUACUUCUGAUCAAUUAGGAAAUAUUUCUUGUCCAGAUGAUCUACCAGAUGGCCUCCUCUACCAAUCAAGUAUAUUCCAAGUGUAUUCAGGAUGGGAAGAAAGAAGAACUGCUUCAGGAAGAAUUUAUUAUGUUAAUCAUAUCACUAGAUCAACUCAAUGGGAGAAACCAACAAGGCCUGCUAAUGAAGUUGCCUCAGCAAAUGGAUAUAUUAAUAAUUCUGAGAGAUUGCAAGUUCAGCAAAAUAAUAAUAGCAAUCAAAAUACAGAUAGUAUUCAGACUGGUAGUCAUUCUUCAUCAAGAAGGCGGUCUACGCGACAUAGAAAUUAUCUUUCUAGGAAUCAUUUGCAUCAAGCUGUAGAACUUCCUGAGGGAUAUGAAAUAAGGACAACUCAGCAAGGUCAAGUAUAUUUCUACCAUAUAGCAACGGGUGUUAGUACAUGGCAUGAUCCCAGAGUACCAAGAGAUUUAACAGGAAUUAAUGUAGAUGACUUAGGACCUUUACCAGCAGGCUGGGAAAUGAGACAUACUGCUAGUGGAAGAGUUUAUUUUGUAGAUCAUAAUAAUAGAACUACACAAUUUACAGAUCCUCGUCUUUCAAAUAGUCUUGUUCUCCAAAAUAUUCUCAAUACUAGAAGAUUCAGUGGUUCCCAAACUUCAAGUAAUAAUCCUGCUGGACAAGUUAGUUCCAGUAAUCACAACUGCGUCAGUAAUAGUGGAAUAGUAUUGCAAUCACUUUCAAAUACAACAAUAGAAAAUGGUGAGAAUACUAUAACGAGACAUAGGAGAGAUAUAGUACAGAAAUUAGCAUCUUUGAGACAAGAACUUCAUUCUCUUCAACAACAGUCUGGUCAUUGUAGAUUAGAAGUAUCAAGAGAAGAUAUAUUUGAGGAAUCUUACAGGCUUAUAAUGAAGAUGAGGCCUAAAGAUUUGAGGAAAAGGCUUAUGGUAAAAUUUCGAGGUGAAGAAGGUCUUGAUUAUGGUGGCGUAGCAAGAGAAUGGCUGUAUUUGCUGUCACAUGAAAUGCUUAAUCCUUACUAUGGUUUAUUUCAAUAUACAAGAGAUGAUAUAUACACUUUACAAAUUAAUCCAGAUUCUUCAGUUAAUCCUGAACAUUUGUCUUACUUUCAUUUUGUUGGAAGAGUAAUAGGAAUUGCUGUAUUUCAUGGACAUUACAUUGAUGGAGGCUUUACACUUCCAUUUUAUAAAAUGUUGUUAAAUAAACCUAUUACCUUGGAUGAUAUAGAAGCUGUUGAUCCUGAAUUACAUAGAAGUUUGCAGUGGAUGCUUGAAAACGAUAUUACUUCAGUAUUUGAUACUAAUUUCUCAGUUGAACAUGAUGCAUUUGGUCAGUUACAAGUGCAUGAAUUAAAGCCAAAUGGAAGAGAGAUUCCUGUGACAGAAGAAAAUAAAAGAGAAUAUGUUAGAUUGUAUGUAAACUACAGAUUUAUGAGAGGUAUUGAACAGCAAUUUCUUGCCUUACAAAAAGGAUUUAAUGAGUUGAUUCCACAACAUCUUCUUAAAGCUUUUGAUGAAAAGGAACUAGAACUUGUAAUUGGUGGUCUGGGAAAGAUUGAUUUAGAAGAUUGGAAACUGCAUACACGGUUAAAGCAUUGUACUCCUGACACCAAUAUAGUGAAAUGGUUUUGGCAGUGUGUGGAUUCUUAUAAUGAAGAAAGACGAGCUAGAUUACUUCAGUUUGUAACUGGUAGUUCACGUGUACCUCUACAAGGAUUUAAAGCAUUACAAGGUUCAACUGGUGCUGCUGGACCUCGCUUAUUUACAAUCCAUUUGGUAGACGCUAGUACUGACAAUUUACCUAAAGCCCAUACUUGUUUUAAUCGAAUUGAUAUCCCAGCUUAUGAAUCAUUUGAAAAACUAUUUGAGAAGCUUACUCAAGCCAUUGAAGAAACGUGUGGUUUUGCUGUGGAAUGACAAAUUGAACAAAUUUGUAAAAAUGAAAUGGAAUUUGGAGGCCAGAACAUUGCCUUAAUGUUAUUGUUUUUCUCAGAUUGAUUAUAACAUCAUGCACUUCUUGGUAAUUUAUUUCAUUGUAUAAUGAAAUAUAAGGAAAAUUUUAAUAGAUUUAAAAAGUGCAUCUGAGAAAACAAUAAAAAAAAUCAGUAUAUAUCAAAUAACAGUUGCUACAGACUCUUAAGAUUUGCUCAAAAGAGUAGUUUUAAAACAGUGAUAUAUAUCUUUGAGAAGGUAAGUAAAAUUAUUUUAUAUUAUCCAACAUGUUUUAUAUUAAUGGACAUUCCAAAGAAAGUAUUGGGAGAUAGUCAACACUCCAGUACCAAAAGUGAGAAAAGGAAAUCUUUUGGUAGCUGCAGUUUAUAUUUCUGUGCUAAAUGACUGUAGAUCUAUAAAUUUUAUUUUAUUUUUCUGAUGAUGAAAAAAUUUAUUUGAUUGUACUAUGCAAAACUCUGUUGUUGAAAUAAUGCAUUUUUUUUAAUGUAUUGCUGAAACUUUAAAGAAUUCAAUUGUACAUUAAUGCAAACAUUUUAAAAAUGUUUAUUUAUCACUGAAGUGUUUAAUAAUAAUAAUAAUAAUUAUGAUGAUGAUGAUGAUAAUAAUAAUAAUUAAACUUUAUAUAU